AUGGAGACCUCCAUUGAACAGGCUCGCUGGGUUUCCUCCUUCAUGGUAUCAUCAGAGGUGAUGCCCUAUUACCCAACUGACUCCAGCUAUAUGGUCCACACUGAAGAGGGUUCGAUGUUCCCCUGCACUGAUGCCGAUUACAGCAGCCUGCCCUCUUUGUUCAACAGCCCGGUCCAUGGCUGUUCAUCUGGAGCUUUUCAAAACAGCCCAGUAUAUCCCGUUUACUCCUCUCCAUUCCUCGGAAACCUGUCCUGGCUGGAAAGUUCUAAAAGCCUCCAACCUCUAACCAACCUCUUCCCAUCAUCCUCAUCAUCCUGGCACAGCAGUGCAUUUUGUAGGACGUCCUCGUCAUCCUUCCACAGCACCACGGGCCUCUCCUCUGCCAGACCGCCUUGUUCUGCCCUCCACUUCCCUAUCCAGCAUCAAAAGGUGACCAUCGGUGUGCAGGAGAGCGUGAAAGGAGAUAGGCUGAGUCCUUCUGGAGAUGGGGAGGCGUUCUUUGGAGGUGUGUUUCCCCCCACAGUGAGUGACGUGUAUGCGCAGACAGACUCUUUAAAAACCAGAGAGCCGCAUGAGUGUGUGAACUGUGGGGCCACUGCAAGCCCUCUGUGGCGGCGUGAUGGAACGGGACACUACCUCUGCAAUGCUUGCGGACUGUACCACAAGAUGAACGGAGAGAACAGACCCCUCAUCCGACCCAAAAAGAGACUGGUCACCAGUAAGCGAACAGGAACGAACUGUGCGAACUGUCAGACCAGCACCACCACGCUGUGGAGACGAAACGCCAGCAGAGAGCCUGUGUGUAACGCUUGCGGACUCUAUUUCAAGCUUCACAAUGUGAAUAGACCGCUGACUAUGAAGAAGGAAGGCAUUCAGACACGGAACCGUAAAGUGUCCAUCAAGAACAGGAAAGCGAAAAGUUUUAGCGCCACAGUGGAGAAUCUGUAUUUUUCUAAGAAUCCUGUGUCAGAUCAGCAUUUCGACUUGUAUUCUCAGAGUCCAGGAGCUCUGGGCAUCUACAGCCCCUCUUCCCAAUCACUGCCGCCCACCGCUGCCUUCCACAGCCACGCCAGCCUGCCUUACCCAUACCACCCACCAGCUGCCAUCUUACCCAGCAUGGUGUGACGGAAACAGG